GCAGUGGGUGGCACCAGCUCCCUCAGUGCAGUGCUGUGGGUGGGGGUUUCUGUAGCAAUUUUGAUCCUCCUCUUUGUUGUUCAACGAUUUGGCACUGACAAAGGGGGCUAUUCAGUUGCACCCCAUCAUCUGUGUAUGGUUUGCAUUUCUAACUGGGAUUGGUCUGUAUAACCUAUUUACACAUGGGGUAAGAGUGCUACGUGCUUUUAAUCCAUAUUACAUUGUCAAAUACUUCAAAAGAAAUGACAAGAAAGGGUGGAUUUCUCUUGGUGGAGUGAUACUUUGCAUUACAGGAACUGAAGCCAUGUUUGCAGAUCUAGGUCACUUCAGUGUCAGAGCAAUUCAAGACAAGCUGCCUAUCUCAGCAAAAACACCCAAAGAUGUUGGUCAAGCUUUCUACAGCUCAGUUCCAGGUCCAUUGUAUUGGCCACAAUUUGUUGUAACUGUUUUGGCUUCUAUCAUUGCCAAUCAAGCCAUGAUAUCUGGAACAUUUUCAACCAUCUCACAGUCCUUAAGUCUUGGAUGUUUUCCAAAAGUUAAGUCACAGUUGCCUUCAAAACCACUGAAAAGAUCGGCAUUGCAUAUGGAAUGCUGCUGUUGCUGUGAUGAUUAUCACGACAUGCCUGGUUACUCUCAUAAUGCUGGUUAUAUGGAAGAUAAGCAUAUGUUUAUACAAGGUGGCUACCUUCCACUAGCCUAUUCCUUAGUCUUACUGUCUGUUAUGGCAAUUUGGUAUUAUGUUCACCGAAAAAGGUACUUGUUUGAGCUCGAGCACAAGGUUUCCAGUGAAAUCAUUGGACAAUUGGCUGCAAACCCAGUAGUGAACAGGGUUCCAGGAAUAGGGCUUUUCUACUCUGAGCUUGUGCAGGGGAUACCCCCAAUUUUCCCUCAUUUCAUAGCCCAAAUCCCCUCCAUUCAUUCAGUUUUAGUGUUUGUCUCAACCAAGAAAAUUUCUGUUACUCGAGCUGCACCAGAGGAGAGAUUUCUUUUCAGACAAGUCAAGCCAAGAGAGUGCAGGAUGUUCUGCUGUGUGGUGAGGUAUGGCUACAUGGAUGUGAUGGGGGAACCUGAGGUGUUUGAGCGCCAUUUAGUUGAGCAUUUGAAGUAAAGGAAUUCAUCCGCCCUGAGUACUUCAUAUUUGGAGAAGGUGAGGUAGCUGAACCAGAAAACCCCCAACUCUCCACUUUUGUUGCAAAUGAUGGUAUAACAAAAGGAAACGUUAAAUCAACCGCUUUUGUUGAGGAAUCAAUGCAACAACAGAACAACUAGUCUUGUGUUUCCUCUGCAUCGAUUCAUUCAACAAGUGUAGCCAAGUCUGCUAAUUCUUCUAACCGGAUUACCCCUGAACCCAUCCAGGAAAUUAAUGAAGAGAUGCAGCUUGUGCAGAAGUCUAUGGACGAAGGAGUUGUUUAUUUCUCUAUAUCAAUUCAGUCAACCAAUGCAGCCAAGUCCGUGAACUCUUCUAGCUGGAUCAUCCCUGCACCCUUACUGGGAGUUGAGACAGAGAUGCAGUUUGUGCAGAAGGCAAAUGAUGAAGGAGUUGUUCAUCUCUUGGGGGAAUCAGAGGUGGUAGCUGGAAAAAAUUCGACCCUGUCCAAGAAAAUAAUUGUGAACUAUCUUUACAGUUUUCUCAAGAGAAACUUCAGGCAAGGUCAGGCUGUAUCAGUGAUCCCACAAACCAGGUCCCUAAGGGUGGUAAUGACCUAUUAGAUUUAAGAAGACUCUGUAUAAAUCAUAAAUACGUAUGCACACCUUAACUAAACAUAUUGAUGUCUACUACAUAAAAAUUUACGUCUGGU